AUGGGUGCCGCUGCCAGUGCCCUCGCCUCGCCGAGCGCCUCCGCCGCCGCCGCGGCGGACGCCGAGGCGGCGCUGCGGCACUUCAUCGCCGAGGACGUGGAGCGGGCCGAGUGGCUGCUGCACCGGGCCGACGCGCUCGUGGCAGAGUUUCGGGGUUCCCCGCGCACGUGGAAGAUCAGCGGCCUCGAUGGCUCGUCCUUCGAGGUGGAGGUCGAUGGCAGCAUCACAGUAGAGGGUGCCAGGCUUUCCCCCUUUCACAUGAAGUGCAGUGAUCUCUUUGCCUCAGGUUUGGAAGGCGUAGUGCUGCCAGAGAAUUUGAAGAUCUUGAUCUUGGGUGAGGUGACCGCUGAUCCAUCCCUCAAGAUGUCCGCGCAGGUUCACUCCAUCCGUGGGCUCUUUCAUCAGAGCGGUGGCACCGUUUUGCCACCAGUUCUUCCAGCACGCAUUGUCUUUGGCUGGAGCAGCGGAGCGCCCCACAUGGGCGCCGGUGCCAGCGCCGCCGAAGAGGACGCCGCGCUGCGGCGGUGGAUCGAGGAGGACGUGGAGCGAGCGAAGCUCCUUGCAGCCUCUUCUUCGACGUCGAAGACGCGGAUCGCGCUGGUGGGCCUUGAUGGCUCCAGCGUGCAGAUCGACAUGGAGAACCACAUGACAGUGAGAGCUUUUCGCCAGAUGGCGGCCCUCAAACUUGGCCUGCAGCCAGGCCGAUCGGGCAAAAGACUUGUGCUGUCAUCUGGCGGCCAGCUACUCCAUGACGCCCAGGAGCUUCUACCACAAGUUUCGGAUGAAACGGUGAGCUAUGUGACUCAGCCAGUGGGUGCCGGUGAGGCUGCCGUGAGCCUGCAGCGCUUGGUCGACGCCGACGCCGUGGACGAGGCCGUGGACGACGCCGUGGACGACGCCGUGGAUGCCGUGGCCCAGUUGACCCUGGGCGCUCGCUUCGAUCGACCGUUGAAGGGCUUCAGGUUUCCACGAUGUCUGCAGAGUUUAUCGAUUGAGUCCGAAUUCGAUGUGAGCGUGGAAGGGGUCCUUCUACCCAAUGGCCUUGAGACCUUGUCAUUUGGAACCGAGUUUAACCAGAGUGUGGAGGAUCUCGUGCUUCCUGACAGCCUGCAGACUUUGGAAUUCGGCUUCCGCUUCAAUCAGAGAAUGGCAGGGGUCCAGCUGCCAAGCAGCUUGCAGACUCUAAGCUUCGAUUCGGAUUUCAACCAGAGCAUCGCAGAUCUUGUGCUGCCAAGCAGUUUACAGAGCUUGAUCUUCGGUUGUCAUUUUGACCAGAGCAUGCAAGAUGUGAGGCUCCCCAGCAGCUUGCAGACCUUGACGUUCGGCUGGGAUUUUAACCAAAGCUUGGCAGGUGUCACGCUGCCAUCUGGACUGCUGAAUUUGACCUUCGGCUACGAGUUCAACAAGAGCUUGGAAGGGACCAUGCUCCCAAGCAGCCUGCAGAUCUUGACCUUCAGUGAUUGCUUCAACCAGAGCCUAGCAGGUGUUACGCUGCCAAGCAGCUUGCAGACUUUGACCUUCGUGGGCUCUUUUAAUCAGAGCCUGGCAGGUGUUCAUUUGCCUAGCAGCUUGCAGUCUUUGACUUUCGGUGAUGAGUUUGAUCAGAGUUUGGAUGAUGUGACACUGCCUUGCAGCCUUCAGACGCUGAUUUUCGGCUGUCACUUCAACCAGAGCUUGUUGAAUGUCAAGCUCCCCAGCAGCUUGCACACGUUGACCUUCGGCAAUGAGUUCAAUCAGGGCUUGGAAAAAGACACCUUACCAGCUAGCGUGCAGACCUUGAGCUUCGGGGAUGCUUACAACCAGAGCCUGGAAGGUGUUUUGCCGAAGACCCUGCAGACCUUAUCCUUUGGGUCUUGUUUCAAUGAAAGCACGGAAGGUGCCACACUGCCCAGUGGCCUGCUUGAAUUGAACUUGUGCUUUGGAUUUGAUGGAUUUGAUCAAAGCUUGGAAAAUCUAAUGCAGCUUACCAGCCUCCGGAGUCUGACCUUUGGCAAUCUCUUCAACCAGAGCUUGGCAGGUGUUAGCUUGCCUAACAGCUUGCAGACUUUGAUCUUCGGAAGUGAAUUCAACCAAAGUUUGACAGAUGUCGCCUUGCCAAGUGGCCUGCUGACUUUGACCUUUGGAUCGGAGUUCAACCAGAGCCUGGCCGCUGUCGUACUGCCAACUAGCUUACAGGCUUUGACCUUCGGCUGGACGUUCAACCAAAGCCUGGAGGGUGUCAGGCUACCGGGUAAUUUGCAGGACUUGACCUUUGGCUGGGAGUUCAACCAAAGCCUGGAAGCCGUGAUCUUGCCAAGCAGCCUGCAGACAUUGACCUUCGGACAGGAAUUUAACCAGAGCAUAGCAAGUGUCACCCUGCCAAGCAACCUCCAGACUUUGACCUUCGGUACUAGGUUCAACCAGAGCUUGGAGGAGGCUACAUUGCCAAGUAGCCUGAAGUGUCUCACAUUCGGAGAGUCGUUUGACCAGAGUAUGUCCGGUGUCACACUGCCCAGCCUGGAAGAGUUGACCUUUGGCCUUGAGUUCAACCAAAGCUUAAGCAAUUUGCCCAGCAGCCUGAAGAUCUUAUCCCUUGGUCACUAUUUUGAGCAGAGCCUGCAAGAUCUGCCCAGCAGCCUGCAGGAACUCCGCUUCAAUCAGUUUCACAUUCGCAUCCACGACAUGAAGCACCGCGCCGAGGGUUGA